CCUACACCCAUCUAAAACCCCCCAAAAUAAAAAAAAUUCCUCAACAAUUUUCUCCAUUUUCACCAAUCACCACCUCUAAACCCACGCGCUAAUGGCGGUGCGUGCAACAGUUAUCCGGUUUCCCGGUGACCAAGAUGCACUAGAAGAAUCAGGGUUACCAUGGGGUGUAACAGUUUCACCGUUUGCUACAAAGGAUGAAAACGGUAACCCACCAGUUUAUGGAUCGGACGGUCAUCAAUUACCGAGAUGUGAGAAUUGUUGGGCUUAUUAUAAUACAUAUUGUGAACAAGAACAAUGGGCUUGGACUUGUUCACUUUGUGGCACACUUAAUGGACUUUCUAGUCAGGCAAUUACUCGGUAUUCUUUGCCUGAAUCUUGCCCCGAAAAUGUGUCUUCGUUUAUUGAUCUUGAAUUGCCAAUGGAAGAAUCUGAGGAAAUGCCGGCGCGGCCUGUGUAUGUAGCGGCGGUUGAUCUUGCUUCAUCAGAGGAGUUUUUGGAACUUGUUAAAAGUGCUCUUUUAGCUGCUUUAGAAGCUCUUGGGCCUGGAUCACUAUUUGGCCUGGCCACAUUCAGCCAUAAAAUAGGUUUGUAUGAUGUUCAAGGCCCCAUUCCAGUGGUGAAGAAUGUUUUCAUUCCUCAUGAUUCUGAUGGUACCGUGUCUAUGGGACUUCAGGAUGUCAUGCCCCUAUUGUCAUUUUUAGCUCCAGUGGAUACCUGUAAGGACCGCAUAGCGUCAGCACUUGAAACUUUGAGGCCAACGACGUCAUGGGAAAGGAAUUCAGGUGCAGGUCAAGGUUUAGAUGGAGUUUUCCUGGGUGGAAGGGGUUUUGGAUCUGCAAUGGAAGCCCUUUUCAGUUAUCUUGGAUCGGAAUACGGAAAUACAUUUGCAUUAGCUAGAGUUUUUGCUUUUCUUUCGGGCGCUCCUGAUAUUGGAGCAGGUCAACUAGAUACAAGACGGUAUGGAGAGCAGUACGCUAGUAGAAGAGAGGAUGCGGAUCGAGCUUUACUUCCUGAACAAACUCCAUUCUAUAAAGAUCUGGCUGCCGUGGCUGUUCAAUCAGGUGUUUGUGUAGACAUAUUUGCUGUGACAAAUGAGUAUACUGAUUUAGCAUCACUGAAGUUUCUGAGUAUUGAGAGUGGAGGCUCCUUAUUUUUGUAUACGAGCACUGAUGACUCCACACUUCCUCAAGACAUGUACCGCAUGUUAAGUCGACCAUAUGCUUUUAAUUGUGUCCUAAGGCUGAGGACUUCGUCGGAAUUUCAACCGAGUCAUUCUUAUGGGCAUUUCUUCCCAGAUCCACAAUAUGAAAAUGUCCAGCACAUAAUUUGUUGUGAUUCUUUCGCUACAUAUGCGUACGAUUUUGAAUUUGCAAAUAAUGUUGGAUUUUCCAGGCAUACUGCAGAAUUGCCUAUGCUGCAAAUUGCUUUUCAGUAUACUGUUGUUGUCCCACCAGAUGAACUUGCAAAUACAGGGUCAAAUUCUACAACAAGAACAAAGCAUUCUCUCAAAAGGAGAUUAAGGAUUCGAACUCUUCAGUUUGGAGUAGCUCACAGCAUAAAUGAGAUUUAUGAUAGUGUUGAUUCUGAAGUGGUGCUUACAUUACUUGUCCACAAGGUUAUUCUAGCCUCGUUGGAGCAAGGCGUUCGAGAGGGCAGAAUGUUACUUCACGAUUGGCUUGUUGUUCUUACGGCUCAGUAUAAUGAUGCUUGCAAACUUAUUCAGUCUGGGCAUGGAGGUUCAACAGGCGUUCACAUUGAUGUUGCAUUCUCUCAAUGUCCUCAACUGCAACCUUUGCCCCGUUUGGUUUUUGCUCUAUUACGAAAUCCUCUUCUCCGUUUACACGAAGAAGGCGUGCAUCCUGACUACCGAAUAUAUCUUCAGUGUCUCUUUAGGUAUUGAUAUAUCCCAAGCGGGUUAUUUU